UUUAGCCAUUUUAGGAUUUGUUAAGUAGACCUAAUCCUAAUUGAUUCAAAUUGCAACUAUCAACCGAGAGAGUAAAAAUUACCCUGUAAUGGCAAACUUUGACCGUUUUUCAUAAUUGUUUUCUACUGUAGCCUCAGGUAUUUGCGUAGGAGGGAGAGGCAUCACCAAAACGGAGCGCACAAAGCCAUUGCGCGCAGUACCACGUCAUUCUGUCAAACUUAUUGAAACGUGUUUUGUUACUUUCUGGCAACAUAUACUUCAUUUUCAUUCAGAUAAUAUUUAAAUAGGUGGGGAGUCGGGGGAGAUGAUGACAGGAUUUCGACUGAACUUGGCGCCUCUCAAGGAACCGCUGGGAUUCAUCAAAUUUGUAGAAUGGCUGACAGCCAUCUUUGCGUUUGGGAGCUGUGGGGGGUAUUCUGGCAGGAAUAUCGUGUCACUCUUCUGCAGUGAAGGAAGGAACGAGACGCUGAAUGUUACUUUUAGCUAUCCCUUCAGGUUAAACCUGGUUGCUCUAGUGGAGGCCAACACCACUCUGUGUAACCACUCCGUGCCCGUCACCCACCUGGUGGGAGACUCCGCCUCCUCGGCCCAGUUCUUUGUGGGCGUGGCCAUCAUCUGCUUCCUGUACUCUAUAGUGGCGUUGCUCGUCUACCUGGGCUACAUGCACAUGUACAUCGACUCUGACUUCGGCCCUAUGUUUGAUUUUGGUCUGACGGCAGCGAUUGCCUUCCUGUGGCUAGUGUGUUCCUCAGCAUGGGCCAAGGGGCUGCAGAACGUGAAGGAUGCCACCGGGACAGCGGGCAUCACCUCCACACUGGCACUCUGCAAGGAGAGCGAUGUGGCCUGCGAGGUCACUGACUUUGCCAACAUGCGCACCCUCAAUGUCUCUGUGGUGUUUGGGUACCUGAAUCUGAUUGUGUGGGCGGGCAACGCCUGGUUUGUGUACAAGGAGACCCGCUGGCAUUCUCAGAAGUACACUGCCCAGCAGGGGGCUGGGGCCGGGCGUGGUCAACAAGUCCCUGCUGCUAUCUAAUACUCUACUGCACUUCCAAUGCACAAAAUAGCCCCGACACACCCUAAGUACUCCUGUAGAUCUGAGAGGAUUGGAUAGAUACACUAUAAGCUUUAUGGUAAUAGGCAGCUUCAUCUUGCCUGCUGAUUGUCUGGGUGGAAAUGGGCCAUAUCUAUACUGUGCCUUAAUUAUCAAUAUCUAUGCUUUGUCGAAUAUAUCUGUGCCUUCAAUACCUAUCCCAGUAUUGGCCCAUGCCUUUAUGUGCCUUAGCAUGCCAAUGCUUUCUCUCCUCGUUCCUUCUCUAACCUCUAAACCGGUGCCUUCUCUUACCAGUAAACCCCACGAAGCCCUGGUACGUUCUCCUAAGCUGUGGUACAGACUCAUUGACAGCAUUUGUGCACUUUGACCUGCAACUAUCUUUGUGCUGGGCAUUUCUGCCAAACCCUAACCUGGGAUAGUUCAGAUUCUUAAACAAUGCGUCCUUUCACCUCAUGGCCUAGAAGGAAUCAUGAUUUGUCGUCACUUGCCUCUUUUUGCCAAGUGUAGCAGUCUUGCUUCCGUCCCUCUCCUUGUCCCAACCUGGGCUCGAACCAGGGACCCUCUGAACACAUCAACAACUGCCUCCCAC